AUGUCCAGCGGUGUCGACCACCACGUUGGCAACACCACAUUCCUUGCGUCAAGCUUAAUCCAUCGGGGCCUUGCAGCACAGGGCAGGAUCGACACCUUCGAUCUUCACGAACAGCGACGAUGGCCCCCAUCGCCGCCGUCGAUCCCAGCUCGGACCCCAUUCGCAGCAGCACCGGUAACCCCAGUAGGCAUAAGCACAGGAAUCAUCCCGCAGGAGCCCCGCCUCGCUGAGAUCUUCCGCCACUGGCAGCUUGACCCGCGCGCAGGUCUGCCUGCGCGAGCGAUCUCCUGCACAACCCUACCUGCGAACGACUGGACCAUCGGAGAAUUUCUUCGCCAUGUCCUCACCGUUGCACAACGCACUAUGUGA